AUGCAUCUCACCCUAAUAAUCGAUGGCCGAGAGGAUCCCUUCGGAAUCGAUGUCGACCCAUCUAUUGCACUCGAGGACCUAUCCGGACUGGUUGAAAUUGAGCUCCGGAUACCCUCUGCCGAGCAGCACUUUUUCUUACGUGGGAAACGGCUCCAACGGCCCCCACAGACCACGCUGGCUGAAUGUGGGAUUACGACGGAUGAAAUCAUGGAGCUCAAACAAGUCAAACCCUCCUCAUUCCAAAACCCUCUCAGCUCUCGAACACCGCCUGUCGCUGGAGGAAAUAUUGCCAACGAUGUCGAUCGAAUGAGAUUGCAAAUAUUGGGUGACCCCGCGUUGAUGUCACAGUUACGAGCCUCAAAUCCAGAGCUCGCGAAUGCGGCUGAACAAUCACCCGAAAGAUUUGCGCAACUGAUGCGUACCUUUCAACAACAGCAACAAUCAAACGCACAGCAACGUCGUCAAGAUGAAGAGUUACUUCAUUCGGACCCAUUUGAUAUCGAGGCGCAAAGAAGAAUCGAAGAGCAUAUUCGGAAAGAGCGUGUUUGGGAGAACAUGCAGCAUGCUAUCGAAUUUUCUCCCGAAAGCUUCGGAAGGGUGACGAUGUUAUACGUUGAUGUCGAAGUGAACGGUCAUCCCGUCAAGGCGUUCGUCGAUUCGGGGGCCCAAAUGACGAUCAUGAGUCCGAAUUGUGCCCAGACUACCGGAAUCAUGCGGUUGAUUGACGAAAGGUUCAGUGGGAUUGCGAGGGGUGUAGGAACUGCCAAGAUCCUGGGGAGAGUACAUUCAGCCCAGAUGAAAAUAUCAGAUCUUCAUCUGCCGUGUUCGUUCACUAUCAUGGAGGGCAAAGGGGUUGAUUUGCUAUUUGGAUUGGACAUGUUAAAAAGGCACCAAGCAGUCAUCGAUUUAUCGAAGAAUGCGCUGAUCAUCCAAGGGAAAGAGGUCCGGUUUCUGAGUGAACACGAAUUGCCAGCCAGUGCUAAAGAUGAUGGGAAUGAAGGCGAGGAUGAAUCGUCGGAGAUCGAACGAGCAAAGAACCAGUCAUUGCUGGAAGACAACAGCCAGAAGGUGAUUGCGGAUACGGCCAAUAGAUCGGCCACCAACCCGCCAUCAUCGAGCCGACUAGGCUCAAACAGUGGAUUAAAUGCCGACCAGAAGGCUAAAGUCGAAACCCUCGUCGGCUUUGGAGCCGAUCCGAUUCAAGCUGAAGCUCUGCUUAGAUCGACCGAGUGGAACGUCGACCUGGCUGCAAGUCUAUUGUUCUCACAGUGA